AUGUAUGAUUCGCAUUACACAGACAUAUAUGUGAGUCGUGCAAUGCUUCUGGGCAAUGAUGGGUUCAAUGAAUAUUAUGCCGAAGCACGCGACCAAAGGUGCAAGCGACGAAGGACCUUCCUAAGAGCGCUAACGCAGGUCCUCGUCCUCCUCGCUUUCGUCGCUGUGGCCCGUGCCGGCUACCUUGGCGCUCCAGCUGCCGUUGUCGCUUCCGUCGCUGAAGCCGGGCACUCAAACAGCCACCGCGCUCAGGACCUCGCUGGAAACUACAACUUUGGCUACAACGAGGCCCACACCUCUGGCGGAUCAUCUCGUCAGGAGACUGGUGACGCUUUCGGCAACAAGGUUGGCUCCUACAGCCUCACUGACGCCGACGGCCGCGUCCGUGUUGUGAAGUACGUCGCUGACGCCGCCGGUUUCCGUGCCUCCGUCUCCACCAACGAGCCAGGAACUGCCCCAUCCACCCCAGCUGCCGCUGGCUACAACGCCCCAGUCGUUGCUCCAGCUCCAGUCGGUGCCUACGCUGCCCCAGUUGCUGCCGUUGCCACUGCUCCAAUAGCUGCUUACGCUGCUCCAGUAGCUACUUACGCCGCUCCCGUUGCUGCUUACGCUGCCCCAGUCGCUAAGGCAUACGCUGCCCCAGUUGCCGCUUACGCUGCUCCAGUUGCCGCCGCCGCUCACGUUUACGGCCCAGCUGUGGCUGGCUACGGUGCCUACGCUGCCCCAGCCGUCUCCGGCAAGGCUCUUGCUCAUGGUGCUGCCUACGGCCUCGGAUACGGCGUUCACGCCAAUCACAACUCCCGCUUUAUCAUGAAGGUCCUCGUCCUCCUCGCUUUCGUCGCUGUGGCCCGUGCCGGCUACCUUGGCGCUCCAGCUGCCGUUGUCGCUUCCGUCGCUGAAGCCGGGCACUCAAACAGCCACCGCGCUCAGGACCUCGCUGGCAACUACAACUUCGGCUACAACGAGGCCCACACCACUGGCGGAUCAUCCCGUCAAGAGACUGGUGACGCUUUCGGCAACAAGGUUGGCUCCUACAGCCUCACUGACGCCGACGGCCGUGUCCGUGUUGUGAAGUACGUCGCUGAUGCCGCCGGUUUCCGUGCCUCCGUCUCCACCAACGAGCCAGGAACUGCCCCAUCCACCCCAGCUGCCGCUGGCUACAACGCCCCAGUCGUUGCCCCAGCUCCAGUCGCUGCUCCUGUAGCUACUUACGCCGCUCCAGUCGCUAAGGCUUACGCUGCCCCAGUUGGCGCUUACGCUGCUCCAGUCGCCGCCGCCGCUCACGUUUACGGCCCAGCUGUUGCUGGCUACGGUGCCUACGGUGCCUACGGUGCCUACGCUGCCCCAGCCGUCUACGGCAAGGCUCUUGCUCAUGCCCGUGCUCACCCAUUAAUCAAUUACGAAUUUCGUCACGUAAAACACCUCGCCAUGCGGUCAAAGCGGUAUAAAAGCUGCAGAUUUUCUGUGAGAGUCACUAUUCUCAGUCACAACUCCCGCUUUAUCAUGAAGGUUCUCGUCCUCCUCGCUUUCGUCGCUGUGGCCCGUGCCGGCUACCUUGGCGCCCCAGCCGCCGUUGUCGCUUCCGUUGCUGAAGUCGGACACUCAAACAGCCACCGCGCUCAGGACCUCGCUGGCAACUACAACUUCGGCUACAACGAGGCCCACACCAGCGGCGGAUCAUCCCGUCAAGAGACUGGUGAUGUUUUCGGUAACAAGGUCGGAUCCUACAGCCUUCACGAUGCCGAUGGACGCGUCCGUGUUGUGAAGUACGUCGCGGACGCCGCCGGUUUCCGUGCCUCCGUCUCCACCAACGAGCCAGGAACUGCCCCAUCCACCCCAGCUGCCGCUGGCUACAACGCCCCAGUGGUUGCCCCAGCUCCAGUCGCUGCCUACGCUGCUCCAGUUGCUGCCGUCGCCACUGCCCCAGUCGCUGCUUACGCUGCUCCAGUUGCUGCCUACGCUGCCCCAGUCGCUAAGGCUUACGCUGCACCAGUUGCCGCUUACGCUGCUCCAGUUGCCGCCGCUGCUCACGUUUACGGCCCAGCCGUUGCUGGCUACGGUGCCUACGGUGCCUACGCUGCCCCAGCCGUCUACGGCAAGGCUCUUGCUCACGGCGCUGCCUACGGCCUCGGAUACGGUUCCGGGCGAUAUGUAGACGGCGGCGACGAUCACACCGCACACGGCCGACUCCGCAACAUCGUCACAUCAGAGUUCGAAAGGAAUACGUUGGGGUUCGACUGGGAUGAGCAGCAGCAGCAGCAGCACACUGCGCUUUCCAUUCUCCCGCUUCAGACGGCGUGCGCACAGUGCGUGGCCUUGACCGCUCCAUUUCACAACUCCCGCUUUAUCAUGAAGGUCCUCGUCCUCCUCGCUUUCGUCGCUGUGGCCCGUGCCGGCUACCUUGGCGCCCCAGCCGCCGUUGUCGCUUCCGUUGCUGAAGUUGGACACUCAAACAGCCACCGCGCUCAGGACCUCGCUGGCAACUACAACUUCGGCUACAACGAGGCCCACACCAGCGGCGGAUCAUCCCGUCAAGAGACUGGUGACGCUUUCGGCAACAAGGUUGGCUCCUACAGCCUCACUGACGCCGACGGUCGCGUCCGUGUUGUGAAGUACGUCGCUGACGCCGCCGGUUUCCGUGCCUCCGUCUCCACCAACGAGCCAGGAACUGCCCCAUCCACCCCAGCUGCCGCUGGCUACAACGCCCCAGUCGUUGCCCCAGCUCCAGUCACUGCCUACGCUGCUCCAGUUGCUGCCGUCGCCACUGCCCCAGUCGCUGCUUACGCUGCUCCAGUUGCUGCCUACGCUGCCCCUGUCGCUAAGGCUUACGCUGCACCAGUUGCCGCUUACGCUGCUCCAGUUGCCGCCGCUGCUCACGUUUACGGCCCAGCCGUUGCUGGCUACGGUGCCUACGGUGCCUACGCUGCCCCAGCCGUCUACGGCAAGGCUCUUGCUCACGGCGCUGCCUACGGCCUCGGAUACGGUGUUCACGCCAAGCACUUCUUCUAAGUGGAAAAGCAAUUGGACUCAAUUAAGUUAUUUAUAACUUCAUUUUCGGGUUGAGCUGCAUUCUCCCACAUACGUGUUGUGUUGUAUAGUGUAAAGGUCUGUUGGAAUUAUUCUUGCAGAUUUGUCCAAUCUUGUCACACCGCCGUCUCCU